CUCCCACAGAUUUUCCUGGCUGUCAGACAGCAAACCAGGCGAGGGAUAAAACAUAACUAUGAAUUGGAUGCUGUGGCAACAAUGCAUUGUCUCCAUAAACCUCUGCCCUAUUUAAUCUUUGGUGUUCUCUUUGGAUAUUUUAUCCCACUCUCUUCCCUUCUCCAAGUUUCUCCAGUGACCUGUGGGUGCAAGAACAUCUCUUCAUGUUAUAGACACUGUGUCACAUCCCAAGAGGGAGUCAGUAAAUUAGAUUGUUUUGGUCAACAUCUGAGCUUUAGUAGGAUCGGCUGGAAAUGUGUGUGGACACCUAUAAAAAACCAAACACAAAGAUACACACUCUGUAUAGAACAGAAAACAUACAGCAAAAUGUAUGCAAACAUAUUGGAGACGUCUCAGACUAUUCGUCUGUCCAAAAUGUUGAACAUGACAGCUCAUGUAUUUGACAAGAGUGAUUUGAAGAGCUGCACAGAGACUGUUUUCAGAGGUUCACCUCAACAAUUGGUACGAUGCGGCCCCCCAUCUAAUGUACACUUGAAUCGACAUUCAAGACAGCUGGAUAUCCAGGCCUCCUGGAGGAAGGAGGAGACCAAAUAUAUCCCUCUUUACUCUGUGAGAUACAAGGAGCUGAACAGCCCGCAAUGGAAAGAGCCACCAGUGCAAUCCAAGGAUAGAAAUAGGUGCACUGUGGGUAAUCUUAACUCCUCACUGUCCUAUGAGGUGCAGAUAGAGUGUGUGGCCAACAACAAAUGUACCCAGUGCCCCUGGAGCAAGGUUUUCACAGUCCCACCCGAACUUACUGAUACGCCUGUCAUUGAGAUGGUAAAAGAUAGUCCACAAACCAAAGGGAGGAGAUUAGUGAUCAUAAAAUGGAAGUUUGCAGCCAGUGAGUUAGCGGAGGGCUACAGUGUUUCCGUGGGGAAAGCCUCAGGAGAGGACCCUAUUGAGACCUUCAACACCAGCAGGCACCUACUCAUAGUGACCCUGUCUCACUCAGCCUACUACCUCAAAAUCACAGCUCUCAACGGGGCUGGGACCUCACCUGCAGCACAGAGCACUAUAUGGCCACUGGACGACAAAGACUUAUAUGGGAAGCUGAAUCUGACAUUCAAUGGCAACACGUCCUUCACUGUCUUCUGGGUGGAUGACCUGAUCAAAACCUACUCCUGCUUCUCAGUGGAGUGGUGGACGAGAGGAAUCAAAGCUGCUCACAAGUCCUUCUAUGAGGAUGAGAACAAUUAUGAAGUCAUACCAUUGCGCGAGCCAUUGGAGCUGUAUAAGAGGUAUACCUUUACUCUGCACACGAGGCCAGACAAAGAGCCCUGCAACCUGAAGUUCAUCAACAACAGCGAGAGCACCUACGGGAGCAUCCAGUCCUACUUCACUGAAGGAUCCCCAAUUAGUGCCCCAGGGAACAUCAGCAGCAGUAAUGUUACCCAGAGCUCCAUGGUGCUGGAGUGGACAUCAGUCCCCGUGAAGGACACCAGAGGUUUCCUGCUGGGCUACAUCCUCCACUACACAAAGAGCCCGGAUGACAGGAUAGACGUUGAAAAAAACGUCACUGUGGAUGCUGGUUCAACCAGCUACGAGUUGGUGGACCUACAAAGCAAUACUGUGUACCAAGUCCAGCUGUCUGCCUUCACUGCUGCAGGAAUGGGAGUGAGAAGCUCAGCUGUAUACUUCAAAACCAAGUCAACAGUAUCCCUGUCUAUUGGUGGUAUGAUAGCAGGGGUCGUUAUUGGAGCAACUUUACUCUUACUUGUGGUUAAUCUCGGCUCUUUGUUGUUAAAAAGAGCAAAGAGACUACUUUGGCCAAGUAUCCCUAAUCCUGGUAGCAGCAAUGCCAUCCAGAAAAUAGAUGGGGUCUGUGAGCUGGAACUCCUGGAGCCCAUCAACAGAGAGAAGUUAGAGGAAGAGGAGGGGGACGCCAACAGUCUGCACAUUGUUGACAGUAGAGAAGAAACGUCUCCCGUUAGCAACCUCCAUAGCAACACCGACUCAGGUCUACACCUCAACACAGAAAACAAGGAGAAUCAAGGGCCUUCAAAGACAACCGCAGACUCUGCCGAGCCCACUAAAGUAGACCCUCAAAUCAACGUGGGCUUGUGCCGAAGAAACACAGCCACAGACAGUAGCGCUCAAGAUUCCACUUCUGACACCAUUAAAUCUACCACAGACACAAGACAGACAGACCCUGUCCCCAUUAGUGCGGUGGCCCACCAGUGCCAGCAGUUGUCCUUUAUGAGUGAUUACACGACCAUGGAACUCUUCCAACAGGCUAUGACACAAUGUGUUCCAGCCACUAUAACAUUGGAACCCCAUGGCCAGUCAGAGUAUACAGACUCACCCCUGACCAGACCAGAGUCAGAUUACAUACACCAGUCCCUCUAUGACACUGUCCUUCACCUGUCCCAAGGCAGCACAAGUCCAACUGAGGUGUAUUACACAGUUAUUUGAGAAUGUUUACUGUAGAUUCUAGAAUCUGCCUUUCUCACAGAUGCUGUGGAACAAUUCUCUGGCCUUUCAUCUAUGUAAAAAAAAACAGCUGCUGCCAUCAGUGUCACCCUGUUGACUAGCCUACUUAUAGUUCUGGACAUUAUUGGAUCGUCAUAACUCUGGAAUGAGAAACCUUUCAAUGACAUACAGGAACUUAAAGCUGUUAUCCUAUCAAUACGUGUAUUGAGGGAUUCUUUGAGGAGCAGAAAUUUCCCAAUCGUUUUUGGUGUUGUGGUUUUUAAUAAAAUCAUGAAUCAGAGACAAUUUUAUUCUCAGUUUAUGUAAACUGACAGACGGUCCAUAUUUUUGAUGUUGGACAGGUUCACUAACAAAGACAUCAAUAUAAUCUAUAGCAGGCUUUUACCCCAUGUUUCAUAUGGAUUUGGUAAUGGAUUAAACAAAUACCAUCACAUGGCUUUACAAGUAGAGUUGAGACUUAUUUGACGCAAAGUCUCUUUAUUGGAUUUCUUUUGUUUAGGAUAGUCUGAAAUAUAGCAGGUACUUGUCAAAAGGUACAGUUUCAGGACGAACAUACAAAAUAGAGAGAAAACAUUGAAGCAUUGUUUGCGAUAUCCUCUUUCAUAAUUUUCACACAUUAGUUGCCAACAUCUUUAACAAGUACAUAAGAGUGAGCCAACACCUUUUUGUACACAUGUUCUCUACAGUGUGUGUGUGUGUGUGUGUGUGUGUAUAUGUUUGUGUGUGAUAUAUAAAACACACAAUGCCUCCAGAAAGUAUUCAGUCCUCUUGACUUUCUUCACAUUUUGUUACAUUACAGACUUAUUCUAAAAUUGAUUAAAUAAAACAAUUCCUCAGCAAUCUACACACAAUACCCCAAAAUGACAAAACGAACAGGUUUUUAGAAAUGUUUUCAAAUUGACAUAAGUAUUCAGACCCUUUGUUACGAGACUCAAAAUUGAGCUCAGAUGCAUCCUGUUUGCCUUGAUCAUCCUUCAGAUGUUUCUACAAGUUGGAGUCCACCCAUGAUAAAUUCAACGAGUUGGACAUGAUUUGGAAAGUCAAACCUGUCUAUAUAGAAAAGUCCCACAGUUGAUAGUGCAUGUCAUAGGAAAGACCAAGCCAUAAGGUCGAAGGAAUUGUCCGUAGAGCUCCGAGACAGGACUAAGACGAGGCACAGAUCUGGGGAAAGGCACCAACAUUUUUUUGCCGCAUUGAAGGUCCCCAAGAACAGUGGCUGGCCUCCAUCAUUCUUAAAAUGGUAGAAGUUUGGACCUGGCCGCCCAGCCAAACUGAGCAAUCAGGGGAGAAAGGCCUUGGUCAAGGAGGUGACUAAGAACCCGAUGGUCACUCUGACAGAGCUCCACAGUUCCUCUGUGGAGAUAGGAGAACCUUCCACAAAGACGAACAUCUCUGCAGCACUCCACCAAUCAGGCCUUUAUGGUAGAGUGGCCAGACGGAACCUACUCCUCAGUAAAAGGUCCGACAGCCCACUUGGAGUUUGCCAAAAGGCACCUAAAGGACUCAAGACCAUGAGAAUCAAGAUUCUCUAGUCUGAUGAAACCAGGAUUGAACUCUUUGGCCUGAAUGCCAAGCUUCACAUCUGGAGGAAAACUAACACCAUCCCUACGAUGAAGCAUGGUGGUGGCAGCAUCAUACUGUGUGGAUGUUUUUCAGAGGCAGCGAGACUAGUCAGGAUCGAGGCAAAGCUGAACAGAGCGAUCCUUGAUGAAAAGUGCUGUGGAGCAAGUUAAGACCUCAGACUGGUGCAAAGGUUCACCUUCCAACAGGACAAUGACCCUAAGCACACAGCCAAGACAACACAGGAGGGACAAGUCUCUGAAUGUCCCUGAGAGGUCUAGCCAGAGCCCGAACCUGAUCGAAUAUCUCUGGAGAGACCUGAAAAUAGCUGUGCAGCAACGCUCCCCAUCCAACCUGACAUAGCUUGAGAGGAUCUGCAGAGAAGAAUGGGAGAAACGCACCAAUACAGGUGUGCCACGCUUGGGGGACGUCAUACCCAAGAAGACUCGAGGCUGUAAUCACUGCCAAA